AUGGAAGAAGUAAAAAAUCUCACUCAGAGUGGCCAUUUUAGCACAGUUGCACAUCCUAAGCCAUUUGCUCAAGAACUUCAAUUCACAUCAUCAAGUACAUACUAUGCGAAUUUUGAGUCGCGAGAAUUGAUUUUCAAUAACAUCAUGGCGGCAUUACAAGAUUCCGAUGUUAAAAUGAUUGGAGUAUAUGGAACAGGAGGCGUUGGUAAGACGACAAUGGUCGAAGAGAUUGGCAAACAAGUGAAAAAUGGACUUUUUGAUGAAGUCCUGGUGGCAGUUGUCUCCCAGGACGCAAAUGUGAGCAAUAUUCAAGGGCAACUUGCUGAUCGCUUGAGUCUAAAACUAAAAGGGGAAAUUGAAGUGGGAAAAGCAAAUGAACUGUGGAAUAGAUUGAACAAUGGGAAGAAAAAUCUCAUUAUAUUGGAUGAUAUUUGGCAAGAAUUGAACUUGAAGACAAUAGGGAUUCCUAUCACUGAUGGAAACAAUUGUUGCAAAGUUGUGAUAACGUCUCGAAUCCGAGGUGUGUUGGAAAAGAUGCAUGUUGAUAGAUAUGUUCCAAUGCGAGUAUUAUUAGAGAAAGAAGCAUGGGCCCCAUUCAAGACGAAGGUGGGAAAUUCUGUUGACUCUCCUGAACUCCAUGAUAUGGCUAAUGCAGUCUGUAAAGAGUGUGGAGGCUUGCCGGUCGCUAUACUUGCAGUUGGAGCCGCAUUGAAAGAUAAGAAAAAAUAUGUCUGGGAAGAUGAACUUGAUCAAUUUAAAGAUUCCAUGCUAAAGAAUAUUGCGGGAAUCGACCCAAAGGUGUAUGCUUCCUUAAAGUUAAGCUAUCAUCGGUUAGAAUCUAGUGAUGCAAAAUCAUGCUUCUUGCUAUGUUGUUUCUUUCCUGAAGAUGCUAAUAUUUCAAUUGAAGUGUUGGCGAGACGCUGCAUAGCGAGAAGUUUGCUUGGCCAAAACAGAAAUACACUAAUACGAGCAAGCCAUCGAGUACGUAUAGUGGUCGAUAUCCUCGAAGAUGCUUGUUUGUUGUUAGAAGGCAAAGAUGAAAACUUUGUCAAAAUGCAUGAUGUCAUUCGAGAUGUUGCUCUUUCAAUUGCGAAAGAUGAUGGCAAGGAAAUUCUAGUAAAACAUGGUGACAAAAAGUGGCCCGAGAAAGAUACAUGCGAAUCUUCCUCAGCAAUGUCAUUAAGGUUCGACAACACUCUUGAGCUUCCGGGUGAUUUGCUAUGUCCACAACUCCACACCUUGACCAUAUUGAAAAGGAAUUUCAGAAGGUAUCCUUUGCUUGAUGUUCCAGAUAGGUUUUUCAAUAAUUGUGAGUUGCGAGACAUAGCUAUACUCAAGGAUCUAAAUAAUAACCUUGAAAUACUUAGCCUUCGAGGUUCUAAUAUCGAGGUUUUGCCAUCAAAGAUAGGACAAUUGACUCAUCUUCGGUUGUUAGAUCUGGGAAAUUGUGAAAAGCUCACAGAGAUUCCACAAGGUGUCAUAUCCAAUUUGUCUCGCCUGGAAGAAUUAUACAUUUUUGAUUGCUUUGACCAAUGGGAGGCCACAACAACCAACAACAAAGGAAGCAAUGUGAGCCUUGAUGAAUUGAUGAACUUGACGCAAUUAACCACUUUACAGAUUCACAUACCAAAUGUCAUGCUAUUGCCCGAGGACUUUUGCUUUGAUAACUUGAUCAGAUUUAAAAUAACAGUGGGUAAGAAAUAUAAUUUUUUUGGUUUAAAGUCGUGUACACUUGCGGGUGUUCCCUUAAUGGACAAGUUUAUGGUUUUGUUGACGAGAGCUGAAGCGCUACAUUUGGAAAAAAUUGAAGGUUUACAAGAGGUGCUGCAUGACAGAGGUGGACAGGGGUCUUUGAUGGAACGUCAUGGACUAAAUCCAUCAGGGUUCUUCAAUAAUUUAAUUGAAUUAACAAUUCAAGAUUGUAGGUUGGAAUAUCUCUUCUCCCUGUCCUGUGCAAGAGGAUUUCCACGACUCCAGACACUACAAAUAUUUGAUUGUGAGAUGAUGGAAGCAAUAGUUGGAAUUAAAGAAGAAAAAGAUGAAGAUGAACUCUCAAGUCAGGUAAUUAAUUUCAGUCAGUUGAAAUAUUUGUCGCUCAUGAAUCUACCCAAGCUCAUAAGCUUCUACCCCAAAGUGGAGAAGAUGUCAACAUCUGAAGGAAAUUCUUCUACCAAGAUACAAUCUUUGUUUAAUGAAAAGGUUGCUUUCCCAGUCUUGGAGGUUUUGAAAAUUUGGGUUUUGCCUAACAUAAUAGAGAUAUGGGGCAAUCAAUUACUCAUAGCCUCAGAAAAAGAAUCAAAAUCCUUUUGCCAACUGAAAGAUAUGGUGGUUUCUAAAUGUGAGAAAUUGGUACAUGUGGUUCAGUUCAAUAUGCUCCCACGACUGCAAAAUCUGAUAACAUUUAGCGUAGAUAAUUGUCCAAAGAUGGAAGCGAUAGUCUCAGAGAAAGGAAAAGAAGGAACCACCAAUAAUGAUAUCAUUGUGUUCUCUCAAUUAACAACUCUUAAUCUUUCUGAGUUGGUUGUUUUCCCAGUCUUGGAAGAUUUGAAAAUUCAGGAAUUGCCUAACAUAAUAGAGAUAUGGGACAAGCAAUUACUCAUAGCCUCAGAAAAAGAAUCAAAGUCCUUCUGCCAACUGAAAGAUAUAGAGGUUUCCAAUUGUGAGAAAUUGGUACAUGUGGUCCAGUUCAAUAUGCUCCCACGACUGCAAAAUCUGAAAGCAUUCAACGUGGAUAAUUGUCCAAAGAUGGAAGCGAUAGUCUCGGAUAAAGAAAAAGAAGGAACCACCAGUAAUGAUAUCAUCGUGUUCUCUCAAUUAACAACUCUUAAUCUUUCUGAGUUGGUGAGCCUUAAAAGUUUCUACAACUGGCCUAGAAGAUCUGAAGCACAACCCUUGUUCAACCACCAGGUUUCUUUUCCAAAGUUGAAGACACUACUUCUCGAUAAUUGUGUAAACUCAAGAGAGAUACAUCCUUGGAAUGUUCAGGUUGGCAAAAUAAGUUUAAAAUUCGUGGACGUAGCAAAUCUGGACAAAUUAAUUGUGAGAAAUUGUAGUGAGGUAGUAGAGGUUUUUCAACUUGAGGGGCUAAAUGUUGGAGAAGGACAACAUGUUAGGCCAUUAAUUGAAGUAAAAAUGAUGGAAUUGGAUAGAUUACCUCAGUUGACAUGUUUGUGGAACAAGGAUCCCCGUAGAAUUCUAGGCCUUCAAAGCCUACAAUACCUAACAAUUAAGAAAUGUUCCCUCUUGAGAAAUCUAUUCACAUGUUCCAUCGCCAUGGCUCUUCAACAACUUAAAGUACUUUAUUUGGAGUCUUGUCCGGUGAUGGAAGAAGUUAUUGCAGCAACAGAGGAUGGGCUCAAGGAAGCGAUUGAUGAUGUGAUUGAAUUCCCAAAAUUGGAGUGGUUAAUACUGAAAGAUCUACCGAACCUCAACAAUUUCUGUAAUGCAAACUAUAAUUUUAAUUUGCCAUCAUUACAGAGAAUUGUUCUGAAGAGGUGUCCGACGAUGCACAACUUUACUUUUGGACAAGUACGCAUGUCACAGAUACUUGUAAUUACACGUGGCAAUGAAGGCCUUUAG